UUGUUUUGAAUUUGCAACGGGCACAUUCCUUACGUGGAUUUUAGACGCAGUUAACGGAAUACCUAAAUCUCAGUCCACUGAAAAUGGCAAUAUUACAGUCUUUGAGUGUAUUUGUUAAUAAGCGUUUAACAGUGGCUACCGUAGAGAUUAUGGGGGCAGUAGAGAAAGUGGUAGCGGAGUACCAGGAGGAGAUUUCCCGAUCUAAAGUGGAGAAUGACCGGCUACGCAGACUGCUGCGGAUCAGACCGGAGAUGAAACGAUGUAGAACAGACUCCCUCCAGUUCUCGCUUACCGUCUCUGAGGAGGAGGUUAACCCAGUGCAGCAGCAAUGUGACCAGGAGGAAUGGAACUCCAGUCUGGAGACGGAUGACCCAGAGCCCAUGCAGAUUAAAGAGGAAGAUGAGGAAGUCGGGACCACUCAGGCGGCAGGGCAGCUUCAAGGGCUGGAGCCUGACAUUGUAGAGUUUAUGUUCACUCCUUCCUGUGUGAAAAGUGAUUGUGAUCAGGACGACCUACUUCAGUCCUUGACUCUUUCCCAAACCAAGACUGUGGAGAACAGAGAGAGUGACUCCAAAGAAUUGGAUCUCAAACCUUUUGGCACAGUGACCCACCUCGGCAAUCCUUAUGACCCUCGAGAUAAUCAAGACAAUGUCUCCAGCCACAGCUCAGCUGCAAGCAGUGAUCUAGUAGGAUUUGACAUAAGCCCACCAUUGGAUCCCAACCCAUCAUUGAGGAAACCCAGCACCACGCCUAAAAAACAUGACUGCGGGAAAAUAUUAAAUUGCAAGGGGACCCUGAACAGGCAUAUACAGACCUCCACAGGAGAAAAAUCAUUUAGCUGUGACAACUGCAGGAAAAGCUUCAGUCGCAAGGAUACCCUUAACAUGCAUAUACGGACUCACACAGGAGAGAAACCAUUUGUCUGUGGUGACUGCGGGAAAAGCUUCAGACAGAAGGCUACCCUUAACAGGCAUAUACGGACUCACACAGGAGAAAAACCAUUUAGCUGUGGUGCCUGCGGGAAAAGCUUCAACCAUAAGGGAAACCUAACUGUUCAUUUACUGACUCACACAGGAGAGACACCUUUUACCUGUGGGGACUGCGGGAAAAGCUUCAGACAGAAAUAUAGCCUUAAAAAGCAUAUAUCGACUCACAUAGGAGAGACAUUUAACUGUGCUCACUGCGGGAUAAGCUUCAGACACAAAGUGAACCUGGAUAGUCAUAUACUUGCCUUCCACAAAUAAACAAAACAGAAUGAAAACAAAAAGAAGAAAAUGUAACAAACAUCUUCUGUCAGGAGUUGGUAAUAAAAAUGCAGGAUAUGGACUUCACUGUUAGGAAAGCAAAAUUCUAGAUCACUCAUGUUGUAGGUUUAAGGUAUUUACUUUUGUAAAAUGUUCUAUGUAAAUAAAAUGUUAUUUGAAUUACAAUAUUAUGAUCAAACAGUUAAAAAGGGCAAUGGAAACACUUUAGGAAGUAAAUCUCAGCAAAGAGAUGUAAUCAGUCAACUAAUACCCUACAAUACUUUAACAUAAAAACAUCUCUGUAUUAAGUAUUUUGAUCGUCGACAAGGUUAAUUUGAGCUAUGGUCGGCGCCAUUUUUAAUUGCCAUAGUAACGACUGACGCCAGUGCGUCACUGCCAGGAAUCAGUAAAUUGUCUGGUAUUGAAUUUUCGCGCGGAGAGUGAAUCGAAGAGUACAAGGACAUGAUGUCAACAACAAUUAGUAAUUCAGACAUGAACUGUAUAGCGCCAGGCUGUACGAAUUGGCUCCAAAAAAUAUAUAUCGGGUAGGUACCAUCGGCUGUCCAAGGACCCACAACUUUUGAAGAAGUGUCUCCAUGUCCUAAAGAAAGGAAGGACGUGUCAGCUCAAGCUAGCAAGAUCUGUAGGCAGCACUUCGCGGAGAAAUACUUUGCGAUGAAGGGCACGUUCGAUGCGGCAACCGGGAGUUUCAGAAUGUAAAGGAGUCCUAAACCUACGUUGAAGCCCUCUGCUUGCCCCUCCAUCUUCAAUGUCGAGGGUUAUGGUGUACAGUAGGGGUUACCGACCGACCAUCAUCAACAUCGCUGACUUCCGAGUCAAGCUUAACGUCGGAUUGAGGCGACGCGAGUCAAUGGAGCCUGGAUGAUAUUUUCAUCCCUGAAAAGGUUUUCAUCCUGGAGAUUGUGCAAGAGGAGGAAAGAACGGUUAGUACAGCAUGCCAAACAAACCCCUGGUUGCCAGAUUGUUGCUGUGCUGCGGUGGAAAAGAGCUACACCAGGACCAUCACUAAAGAGCUCGAGGCCCAGCUAGAUUGCUCUCACCACCAUCAGUAUACAACCGAGUCCUGCCCCUAUUGGCCACAGAGCUGACAGAGAGUGAGAUGAGUGAAGACCAGGAGUCGCUGUAUGAACCUGAGAGCUCAGACACACAAUCAUCACAGUGUGAACCAAGAGAUACAAUCGAAGAGUGUGUGCAAGAUCAGAAAUACAUAGUCUUUGAUAGCAAGCUGAAGGAGUUGUUCAAUGUCUGCCAUGAGCCAGGAUGUCGAGCUGGUGUCAUCAUCCCUGAAAAUAAAUGGUUUUGCCAUCACCAUGGAGACAGUGUUGUGGGCCACAGGAGGAAGUGGGAGUCCCAGACCAGAGUGGGAAAGGUGUUUGCAGGUAGUGCCAUCAGCAGUCUGUCUUCCUUACUGGUGGCUCCCACUCCACAUUUGUGGAAACAUGUCACCUCCUCAGCCUGGUGCCCAUGUCGCUGCGUCAGUUUGCAAUCCAACAGCGCAUCUACAUUGUGCGAGAGGUUAAACCACAUGUGGACCCACCACAAGUAUGCCAUUCUGGCUACAAUUGGUGACAGUCCACUGAUCGUAUCUGGAGACGCAUGGUGUGAUUUCUCCAGGCCACUCUGCUUCCCACCUGUUCCUCCUCCAGGAGACUGCAUGUUAUCAAGGUGAAGAAUAGUUACUGUUUGGAGACGGAGGGAUUAGAGAGAUGCCUGCAACACAUUGAGGUACUGCCAUGGGUGAGGGCAGUAACUCACCACUUGUGGUAUUGUGCCACCACUGCUGGUUGGAGUGUCCAGGUGCUAAAAGAAAAGUGGAUCACCGCAGUUCACCUCAUCACCAAUGAACACCAGUGGGUCACUGGAGGCACACUGAACUGCUGUGAGCACCCCCCUACACACCUGAAGAAGGAACAGGAUGAACACAUUGUCAGCAGCUUUUGAGGCAGUGAGGAAAAAAGUCCUUGAAUCAAAUGUUAUUGGUCAUACACACAUAUUUAACAGAUGUUAUUGCGGGUGUGGCUAAAUGCUUGUGUUCCUAGCUCCAACAGUGCUGU